ACAGAGCAAUGUUUGUGUGUUUGAACAAAGCUUCGAUUGAAGUCACGUUUUUGUGGCCGGAAGGGCCCUUGAUACGAGGUGGCACUUUGCUUUGUACUGAGAAACAAGGGGUGAAUUUGACAGAGUUUGAACAAAGCUUCAAUGGCUACUGAACAAGACUCAGAUGCUCUAGCCGAGGACUUACACGAGGCUGUAUGCAAUAAUGACGUCACCCAAGUUAGGUCCCUGUUGGGACAGGGGGCAGACCCCAACCACCAGCUCUACUGGAGUGAUGACGAGUGGGCGUUUAAGUUGCCUCCAUUACACUAUGCUUGCUAUGAGGGCUACCUUGAGAUUGUGAAGACACUUGUUACUCAUGGAGCUCGUACUGAUAAAGGUGAUGGGAGUGACAACAGUACUCCACUUCACUGGGCAUGCCGGGAAGGUCAUAAAGAGAUAGUGCAGUACUUGAUCCAGGAGGUUAGAUGCAGCACUGAUGUGAGGAAUAAUGAUAACGAGACUUCUCUUCACUCUGCUUGUGCGGGAGGAAGUAAAGACCUGGUACAGUAUCUGGUGGAGGAAGUGAAGAUGGAUGUUGGCACUCCAUUGACUGAGGAAAACUCCGAUGCUCUAGAAAAGAUGCUCCUAGACAAUAAAAUCAAAGGAUUUGCUUUGACUGGUGAAAGGACAUACAAGGCAGUUGAACGCCACCUUCAGGAGCUCGGACACAGAGAACUAGCAGCCAACCUGAGGGCAAACCUCGACAAAGCCCUCAAUGAAUUCAAGUCUGAGCAAGCUCUUAAUGAAGCCAUGAAGGCUGGAUUUGUCCGUGUGAACACUACCAAUAUCUUAUUCUUUGGAAUGGCAGGCACUGGUAAAACUUCCACUAAGCAUCUCCUUCUGGGACUGCCUCCUCCUGUAGAUAGAAAUAGCACUCCAUUAGCUAGCACAGCAGAGAGGAUAUGUAUUAGACAAAUUCGUGACACUACAAAGAUACGAAUGGAAACUCAAGAAGAUUCCUCUAGAACAUGGAAACCAGUAUCUAGUGAUGACCUACAACGCAUUGUUGCUGAUGCUAUUAAAUCUCAUGUAACCAGCUCAGAUUCUGAAGAAUACGCUAACCCACAAGAACUCAGUAUUGCUCUGAAGCAACUUGAACCUAGCAAUGAAUCCAGUACGCCAGUUGAUGCAACUCCUUCGACUUCAAGAGCAACUAAACCAUCAGUAGCUGGAGCAAAAAUAACUCGUAGUAAACAAGAAAGAAAAAAGAUUAAAUUUCUUAGCACUGUUUCAAAUGUAAUGGCGAAUAUUCAGCGAUUUUCUGAUGCUGAUCGUACUGCCGUUCAAGAAAAGUUUGGAUUUCAUUGGAUCUACAUAAUCGAUAGCGGUGGGCAACCACACUUUCAUAAUCUACUGCCUCUCUUCAUGCCCAAGAUUUCUGUAGCUUUGUACACUCUUCGUCUGUCUGAUUGCCUAGAUGAUCAUCCGCUAGUUGAAUACUACAAGGACAAUAAGCCAGUUGGUGAAUGUUUCAAGUCACAUCUCUCAGUUUUGGAUAACUUUAAGUAUCUCGUGCAGUCAAUUCAAUCUCACAGUGAAAACUGCAAGCUGGUAUGCAUUGGUACUCACAAAGACCAUCAAUCUGAAUGCAAGGAAACAUUAUCCGACAAGAAUAAAACGUUAUUGAAUUUUGCGGAGAAAGACUGCAUUAAGAAGUUGACUAUGUUUUUCAAUUUGGGUAUAACGAAAGAGAUAUUAUUUCCUGUGGAUUGCAAACACUGCGAUUCUGACAGUCAGGAAGUGGCAAAGACAAUUCGUGAAUAUGUUCACAAACUAUCUCAAGAGCUGAAUAAUAUUGAAAUCAAGGUUCCUUUUUGGUGGUUUCUUUUGCAAAUUAUUGUCGAGAAGGUUUCAAACGAUGAAAACAGAAAAGUUUUAAGCAAGGAUGAAUGCGUAGAAAUUGCAAAAGCAUUACAUAAUUUUCACGAAGAUGCACUUUGUGAAGCUUUAAAAUUCUUCCAUGAGCAUAACAUAUUUCACUACUAUCCUGCCAUUCUACCAAAUGUUGUAUUUUGUGAUACUCAAGUGCUUCUCGAUAAAGUAACAGAGCUUGUCGAGUAUGCUGCAUACGUGCGAGCAAGUAAUGGGUUUGGAACGUGGUUAGAUUUUACCGAUAAAGGAAUUAUUACAAUUCAACUUUUAUCUGACAAAAAUUUUGAAAAGCACUACGUCGAUGAAAUCUUUGCACCCACUCAUCUCAUUGAAAUAUUCAAGCACUUGUUGAUAGCCACCCCAUUUCAUUUAUUCUCACAAGAAGUCGGGAAAGAUAAGCGUUUCUAUAUGCCAUCACUUCUAUCCUUGCUCCCACCAACUCAAGUCAAUGACAAACGAGCUGAUUUGCUUAAGACCGGUUUAAUCCCACUUGUUUUGCACUUUAAAAGCAACUGGCAGUGCUGUGGAGUGUUUUGCUGUCUCCAAGUGUACCUGAUUAAAGAAUGUGAAUGGGAAAUUGAAAUGGAAGAUCACCAGCCGAGUAGAAACUUUGUACAAUUUGUUCAUCGAGAGGAAGAUUGUUUUAUCACGCUAAUUGACGGAUUUUCAUUCCUCGAAAUUCAUUCCAGCAAUAAUCAAAAAGAAAUGCUGUCGUUAAUAAGCGAAAAUAUUUACUCUGGUCUUCGAUCUGCUUACAAAGCCCUGAAAUACACGUAUGAGGAUCCUGAAGUCACAUUUCUGUGUCCUUUCAUUUCGCAAUCCAUCUCUAGUCCAAGUCCCCAAGUGCCCCACCACCCAGCUCAUGUUCUGGUUGAGGAUGAUGUUAUGAGGUGUACUCUAUGCAAGACGACGUAUGAGCUAAAAGACGGUCACAAAGAUUGGCUCUCUCCUUGUUGUAAACUGGAAGUCGAUAUUCAAAACCAAACCUACUUGAAGAAACUGGACGAGCUGAUGGCCGACGAAAGUGGUACCAUUGAGCUACACUAUCUCAAGACGCACUUUAUUGGUCCCUCGGAUCUUGGCAAAACGACCACUCGACAGCGGCUUGUUGGAUCCAUUACUAACCUGUCUUUGCUGCCCGAAGAUCAAAGGAAACGUUGCAGUACAUUACUAGCCGAGUGUGAACAAGUAUUGGCCUUUAUGGACAAAUCUGGAACAAAACUUGAAUUUAAAGCAUCUUCAAAUCUAGAGGAAGAAACACAGUUUAUCUUCUCUUACCUUAUGUCCUGUGAACCUAUUGAAGACAGCACUGUCAGCAAUACUAGUCCACCUAAGGAACAGCCCACACAAGAAACCACUGACCCAAAGAUUGAAGACAGCACUGUUAGCAAUAUUAGUCUACCUAAGGAACAGCCCACAAAAAAAACCACUGACCCAAAGAAGCAAACUCAACUCAAGAUCGGUGAAUCUGCUACUGUACCCCAAGAAGCAGUAUCACCAAUACCAGAACCACCGGAAAAGGUCGUGAAAGUGACCACUGUAGAUGUUGAAAAGGUUAUCUCGAGACUCCGGAAUAUUGUGGGUUCAGGAGAGUACACUAAAGAGCUGCUGAACAAAGUCCUACUCAAUCUGGUCGAUAUAGGUGGGCAGCCUGGAUUCGUGGAGAUGUUUCCUUUUCUAAGCAAAGGUGCAGGUAUCUUCCUGGUAUUCUUUCGACUGGACAAAGACCUCGAUGACAUGUGUCAAGUCUCCUACGAACGAGGAAAGGACAAAAUCACACCGUACGAUUCAACAUACACAAGCAGAGAAACACUCUCUCAAAUCCUCUCAGCUAUCAGCCACCAUAUCAAGAUUGACUCGGAUAUUGACAGAGAGCUGUGUAGUAAACUGGGAAAUCUAGGCUCUGCUAAGCCUGUUGCUACCCUCAUAGGCACUUUCAAGGAUAAACUGGCAAUGCAAAUCAAAGUCAAUCUUCUGUACGAGAAAUAUUGUGACUUAACAAAAACUGCCUGCAAGAGCGAUAGUACCACUGCCAGCAAGAGCGAUAGCACCACUGCCAACAAGAGCGAUAGCACCACUGCCAGCAAGAGCCUAAAUGUAAAGAAAGCAAUUCAGAACAUUUUGACUCAUCAGAAAAAUGAUGAGCAUGCUAACGUCAGUGCAGAAGACAUGGCUGCCAUUGAGCAAACAGUCAGCCACCACCUCAACUCAGACGCUUUCAAGAAAGAUGUCCAAGACCGUUUAGAGCAAAAGUUGACAGAAAAAAACGAAGGUGUGACCAAAAUUACCAGCAAGUUUGAGAACUUACUUUCUAACCCAAAAGACACGAAGUUCCAAUUCAUAGCAGUGGAUAACUACGAAGGUACUGAUUCUGAUAUGGAACCUCUUCGUGAACAUCUUCAUGGCUUAUUCAGUAGCUAUUUCAAACAUGCCAAGCUUCGAAUUCGCCCACAACAGCUUUUGUUUGGAGUUGUACUGAGAAAAGAGUUUGACAUUGUGUCUAUGGAAGAAUGCAUUCGUAUCGGCACCGAGGGGUUAAAGAUGAGAGAGGAGGAGGUUCGAUUCACCGUUUGGUAUCUGGAUCGGUACGUUGGAGCUUUGAUCUAUCAUCCAGAGAUCAAGGACAAAGAUGGUUGGUUUGGGAACUUUAUCAUUUGCAACCCCCAAGUGGUAUUCAACAGCCUCAGUGUUCUCGUUGUCAAGCCGCUACUUGAGCUCCAUUCUGAAGAUAGCAGUAUUCACUUCAAGGAUGCUGAGAGAAAUAAUUGGAUACUCAAGGGACAAUUCUCAAUGGAAACAAUUACUCGAUGCCAUUCGAAGGAAAACCAGGGUGUGAAGAAAGACCAGUUGAUUCCUGUUGAGAAGCUGCUCAUACUACUCAAGCAUUCCCACCUUUUGGCCAAAAUCACAACAGUAAAGGAAGACCAUACCACAGAAGAGAUUGAAACGAGGUAUUUCAUCCCCGCUAUUCUCAAGUGUGCAUCUCGCGAGGAACUAACGAAACCACCCCCCACUGGCAUUGAUACACCCUCUCCAAUCAAGAUCACAUUCAAACCUCAAUACGUUCCCACUGGAUUAUUCUGUGCCAUGAUCAGUGAUUUGGUCUCAAGGGGGAGUAAAGGCAAAGGCAUUCUGGGCAUGACUUGGAAACUUGCCACUGAUACCUCAGUAAAGAGAAACCUCGUCUCCUUUCACAUUGACGAAUCUGCCAAUCAUUUUGUUACCCUGAUUGCUCACGUUGAUUGCUACGAGAUACGGAUUAUUCGACAGAACCGGAAGUAUACAAUGCACGAGCUUUGUUCCUACAUCCUCUCAACCCUCCUGUUGGUGAUGAAGGACAUUAGUCCACUACUCUCACCAAUUCUUGCUUUUGACUGCUACUGUGGCAAACAUGAAGAUGCCAUGAAACUGUGUCUCCUCACACCUGGAGUGUAUCCCUGCUUUAACUGCAACAGUGAAAUCUCUCUGAGUCCUCACCAAGAAUGCUGGUUUGCAAAAGAAGUCAGCCUGGGAGAUGAUGUUACUCUUCUUGCCUUUCCAUAUGCUGAGGACCUAGACCCAAGCCUCUCUUUUAAGUGGAAGAAGACAAGUUCGAAAAUUAAAGGGAGUGAAAAUGAAUUGGAAUUCAAGGCCUCGUUAAAUGAUCAUUUCGAGGGCUUUAUCAGUUGUGAGAUCUCCAAGAACCAGAAGGAUUUCUUUACCGUGUACCACUGCCUGAGAAACAGUAUCGGCAUUGCUGUACAUGAUGAUCAAGAAGAUGAAGAUCAAUUAUACACUAAAGAUUUGCAAGAAGUUCUUUCUCAAUUAAUGGAAGCCAUUAAUGUUUGGUUUGAGUUGGGCCUCGCUUUAGGGAUUCCAGUUGCCACGCUUGGAGAUAUCAAGUGUCAUACACAUUGCAAUAAAGAUGGUUUGAUUAGAAUGCUGGCCCACUGGCUGGAAUCUUCACCUUCUCGUACAUGGAGUGACAUUUGCAAUGGCCUCAAAAGUUGCACUGUCAAACAUGACGUUCUAGCAAAUACAAUUGAGAAGAAAUACAAUGGUCGGCUAUCAGGGAAGAGAAAGAGACCAAAAAACUGUUCGUGUGUUCCCGGACCCCAUGCAGAGGACUCGUCCCGACCACCCCACAUCACUGAUCCUCUAGCCCCAGGACACCGUAAAAGAUUAUUGGGAUCAGGUGAAGAAGUUGAAACUCUGUCAAAGCGUCCGAAGAAUGAUAUCACUAUACAAGGAUCAUCACAAGAGGAGCAUACUAACAGAAACCAAACAGUACAACGGUCGUCCAUUGUUCUGACUGGAGAUGAUGUUCUAACAAUUUGUGAGAGUCUGAACAAUGCCAGCAAUGAUUGGUUCAACUUGGGACUGGCUCUUGGAAUGAAGUUUGCUGGUUUGAAAAAUAUCCAAGAUCGAUACUCAGAUAAUAAUCGCCGCCUUACGGAGGUGGUGGGCAAGCGUCUUCAAGUCACUGAUCCACCCAUGACAUGGCCUUACAUAUGUGAAUGUCUAAGGAGGCCUACUAUUGAGCGUAACGAUGUAGCCGAGGAAAUUGAAGACAAGUAUGUGACUGCAUUUGCUCAUAGUGCCACUAAUUAAUCAUGAGAACCUGACAAGAUACUGGAGUUACUUGAAAGGGACGAAUAAAGAUGUCAAGUAAAGAAGCAUGCAAGGAAGCAUGCAAGAAUGUCAAGUAAAGAACUAACUCUGUGUUGACUAUAAGUACUGACUAUUAUUGCUCUGUGUUCUGUGUUUGUUGAUUAUACCACCUUCUAUUUUUAUAACAAAUUUCAUUUCCAGCUUUCUAGUUUAGUGACCCUUUACCAUUCUUGUUGGGUACAGGA